AUGAUGGACGACGAGGAUUUCCAACCCCUACUGGAUCCAUCUCCUUCUCCAGACAUAGCAACACAGCACAGCGCAUAUCUGAGGAAGGUGCAGAACAGAAAUCUGUAUUUAGCCACAUUGGCUGCUGUAUUGGGUCCUCUGAGCUUUGGUUUUGUCCUGGGUUACAGCUCUCCAGCCAUCUCUGAUCUGAAGAAUGCAGAAGAUCCACGUUUAAUAUUGGAUAAGGGUGCAGCUUCAUGGUUUGGUCUAUGUGUCACAAUUGGAGCUGCCGUUGGAGGGCUGUUUGGAGGCUGGAUGGUGGACCGAAUAGGCCGAAAGGUCACCCUUAUUAUCUGCUCUGUCCCGUUUGUCCUUGGCUUCACCUUGAUCAUAUCAGCACAGAAUGUCUGGAUGUUACUGGGGGGACGACUGCUUUCUGGGCUGGCCAGUGGCAUCACCUCAUUAGUAGUACCUGUAUAUAUAUCUGAGACUUCCCACCCUGGAGUUCGAGGGCUGCUGGGCUCUUGUGUGCAGUUGAUGGUGGUCAGUGGAAUUGUUGGAUCUUAUAUUGCAGGAAUGUUCCUGGAUUGGCGCUGGCUUGCUGUGCUUUGCUCCGUGCCACCUGUCGCUAUGGCACUAUUUAUGAUCUUCAUGCCGGAAACACCACGGUACCUGAUCAGCCAGAAUCAGAGGGCUGAGGCCUUGUCUGCGCUCAGCUUCCUGCGGGGACAGGAUGUGGACCAUGAAUGGGAAUACCGACAGACUGAGGGUAGCCUGAAGAAGGCAGAUCUCUGGAACCCAUCCAUUUAUAAGCCAUUCCUCAUUGGGAUUUUCCUCAUGUUCUUCCAGCAGUUCACUGGCAUCAAUGCCAUUAUGUUCUAUGCUGACAUGAUCUUUGAAGAAGCCAAUUUCAAGAACAGCAGCCUGGCCUCUGUCAUUGUAGGGUUGAUCCAGGUGGUGUUCACAGCUGUGGCGGCACUCAUCAUGGACAAGGCAGGAAGGAAAAUUCUAUUAAUUAUUUCAGGUACCAUCAUGGCUAUCAGCGCCGCCCUGUUUGGGGUGUACUUUAAAAUUAUAGAGAUGCAUACACAGAAUUCCUCCAGUGUCCUACCAGUGACAGCUAUGCCAGAUAGCACAGGAGAACAAUUGGCAUGGCUGCCUCUUGCCAGCAUGGCUCUCUUUAUUUCUGGUUUUGCAAUUGGCUGGGGUCCCAUUCCCUGGCUGGUCAUGUCUGAAAUCUUCCCUCUGCGUGCAAGGGGUGUGGCCAGUGGAGUGUGUGUCAUUACUAAUUGGGGCUGCGCUUUCCUGGUGACGAAGGAGUUUCAGGACAUGAUGGAUUCUCUGACUUCCUAUGGGACAUUCUGGUUAUUUGCAGCUUUCUGUGCUGUCAAUGUUCUUUUUACAGUUCUUUAUAUCCCAGAGACAAAGGGGAAAAGUCUGGAACAGAUUGAAUCUCACUUUCAAGCUGGACGAGGCACAACACGAUUUGGAUCAUUCUCCAAUACAAUUCAGUAA